AUGGACCAGAAGGGCGAGCAACCCGACCACAGCCAUGGCCUGAACAGCUCGUCGACGGGCUCCAACACCUCGGCUCCUCCUGGCCAGUACGUGUAUGGUGUCAAUUACUAUGGCCCCAAUAUUCCUCCAGGCGCCCAGUACUACGGCUUCGACCCCCAUUCCGACCAGCGCCCAGCACAGCCACCAGUGAUGGUCCACCAGGGCCAGUUGGGCCAGCCACCCACCCACCGUAUGCUCCAGACUCCAAUACCGCCAGCUGGUCCUCCCAUGGGAGCUAUGCCUGAGUACCCACCAGCACACGGCAUUCCCGCCCAGCCGCCAUCGUUCCAGAGAGUCCAGCCGCCGGUGGUGGUGGACCAGCAGUUCACCCCCCGCAAGCCUGCCCCCCCAGCUGCUCGUGGCGUGACGAACCAGCCUCGAAAACGUGCAUUGACUGCUUGCGACACUUGUCGGGUCAGAAAGAUCAAAUGUGACAAUGGCCGUCCACGGUGCGGCUCGUGUGUCAAGACAGGCAACUUGAACUGCCAUUUCAGGACCGACGAUCAGAAGGACUCGGCCUCGCCCGAUACUUCCUCGGUCGAUAUCCUCAACAAGCUUAACGUGCUUUUGAAGGACGUUCAGGAAAUCAAGCGAGCCCAGGGCCUCGACGAGGGCGACGCUGUAGCCGAAAACGACGUGAAACGCAGGAAAAAAGAUGAACACCACUAUCACUUCGAUAACUGCGUGUGGGACAUGUCAUUGACCUCGAUUUUGCGGUGGGGCUACUUUAGAAAAUGCCUAAAUGAACUGGAGUCCAACGUGAACAAAGUUAUAGGGAAGUUGGUGAACUCAUACAAAAAUCCCAAUGCACUUCCCUCGGCGAAUGAAUCGUUUGAGAGAAAAUUGGAAAUCGCAAGUGCUCUCGAGGACCUCUUAAACAAUUACUUCUCCAACUUCAUUAAUUCCUUUUUCAUCAACUGCCACACUAAAGUUCCGGUUUUGGACGUCUUGGAUUUAAUCGAGUCAAUUGAAAUCUACAAGAUCUUGAAGAAGUACGACCCAAAAUUGACAUUCAUUACUAUACUUGAUUCAUACACUGCAAAUGGGAAUGCCGAUGAACUUCCUCAAAUGUAUCACGAAGCCCUAAAAGCGGCAAACAUUGAAAAUACCACAUAUCGUCAGGAAGCAUACAAGUCUUUGUGCAAGUCAGUACCCAUCGUCAUCAUGGCCUGUGCUUUGGGUGCAAUAGCGACACCCAUCCAGUUGGAUAACUUAUCAAAAUUUCCAAGCUCCACUGAAGAAAGGAAGAGCUUCGAUAUAGGUUCAAUUUCAGAUGCCCAUACUCCAAAUCAAAUACCCAAGAAUCUUCCUCAAACAAGAAUUGGAAUUGCGAAUUCUUUAGUAAGUUUCGCAAACAUGAUUACUUCAGCAUAUCCAUUUACGACAAAGUCAAGUUCAAUACGUGAGGUAGUUUUCAAGUUACUAUUGAGUCAGUUCUACUUGUAUUGCUUGUCCCCAUUACCUGCGUACCGCGCCAUUUCUUCUGCAUGUCAGAGUAUGAUGUACUACUUGGAGAGCAAGAAAAACAGAGAUCCCUACUCAGUUGCCCAUCAUGAAAUUAAGGAAAGUAAGAAGGAAAUAGUCGAUAGAUUGUUUUGGACAUGUUUGAAAUUGGAAUGUGAAUUGAGAGUCGAACUAUCACCGUAUGUUCCUAUUUCUGGAAUAACUCAAGUUAUUCCACCUUCUCCAUUUCCUAAAAUUGCAGAUCCGGUAACUGUUGAAAUGCGCUCUGACCAUAGUGAAGCAUCCCAAUUAUUAGCCAACAAAUAUUAUGAUGAGCAUUCUUGGUAUUACUUUUUAACUGAGAUAGCUGUCAGAAAGGUUGAUAACAAGAUGUUUGACGAAUUGCAUUCACUUGAGUCUGUGUUACAAAAAACAUGGGAUCAAGAAUCUUUUUAUGAUGAUUCAAUUUGGGUUAGUUUUAUCAAAUAUUUGAACCAGUACAAUGGUAUCAUUAAUUCAUUGAGUCCAAGCAUAAGAAACUUUGUUUUACAAGAGAUUGAUGUUGAUCAGAUUUAUAAGAGGAUGAAGAAAAGGAAAGAAAGUAAAGUAAGAAGUCCAUCACCUACUGACUUUGAUAUUUUGGAUAAUUUGGAUGAUUUUUUGGUUGAUGAUGACUUGUUGUUGAGGGCACAAUCAGAGUCCAUCAUGUACAUAAAGACUAGAAUCAUAAGUUCAAAGCUUUUACUUUUCCGUCCUAUCAUUUAUCUUAUUUUGGAGGAUCGUAUAUCGUUCAUGGAAUUGUUGGGUGCAGCAAUGGCAGUUAUGAAAUCUAACCCUCCUCAAAGUUCAGUGUCAUUUGGGUCACUUGACGGAUCUGGAACAGUGAUUUACUCGAGCACAAGUCACAGUGAUUCCAACGCCAGUGAUAUAGAUGGGGGCCUUGACUUCUACAAUUUAUUGCAUGCCCCAUAUCACUACCAGAAACAACAUCCGGACGAAGAUUUUACGGAAGACAUCGAGUACCAAACUCAGGACACCGACUAUGACGAUACACAAUCUAUUGCCCAAAAUGAGUUUAAACUUAAAAACCCACCAUUAACAAAAUCUAGAAUUCUUAGAAUUUUUGUACAGCAUCUCAUAUCCAUCCCCAAAUUAUUGAUACCAAAGAUUGGUGCGCAUAGACAUCCUGGUCUGUGGUACUACUUACGAAAUCAAUUUGUUGGUAAUGUGUAUCAAUUUAUGUUAUACAUGAAAAUUCAGGAAAUGGUUAGAGGUGCCAUGUUGGACCCAAAUUUCCAACAUUUCAUUAGUUUAUCAUCGGAGGUUUCAAGUAUCAACGAUAUUGGUGCCAUGAUCGAAAUGCUUAUGCCAAAACAAGGGAUGAUUGCCAUGUUUGAACAUUCACUAAUGUUAUUUUCCUACUGGAAGGAGGAGAGCAAAGACUGUGAGAUUUAUUAUGACUACAUCAAGAAAUGCCUUUCUAAAUUAUGA